CAAGUGUUUGAUUUUGACAGCUCGAAGAAACCUGCCUUGCGCUGUGUGUGGGAUUAAGUCUAUAUACUGAUUGUGUGGGUUUGACUUGAUUUAGCCAUGAAAUGGAAAGAUAACCGCUCAGUAACUACCAAAUGUUAAGCCAUUCCCACACAUAUUCGUUCGCACAAUACGUUAUCUAUUAACCGGCAAAACUAGUUAGGAAAUACGUAGUUAAUACCGCAACUCUACUUCGCCAGAAUGAAAAACUCAAUUAGAAUUAUUUUUCAUCUGGGAGCUGCUAGCAAUUUUGCUUAUGGUAUUUACUAUGAUCUUUUGGAAUUGAAGGUACCUGAUGACUAUGCCAAAAUCUCCAUUGAUUUUGCUGGUCGCUGGAAGUAUUUGACUUUCUGGAACAUGGUGCUCCAACUUUUCUACUUUUCCUUUUCUAUCGCGAAUGAUCUGUUGGGCAGCAAUUCCACAAACCUAAAGGAACAAACAGCUUUGCAAAGAGUGAGGGACUUCCUUUUUGGAUCUUUGGUCUUCCCCUUAGGAAUGUUUGUUGCAACCACCUUUUGGGUGUUGUGGGCUAUAGACCGUGAAUUAGUUUUUCCAGUUGCUCUUGAUGCAUUCUUUCCAGGUUGGUUAAACCAUAUCAUGCACACUUCAAUUGUUCCAUUGGAUUUUAUUGAACUGAUCUUCAUUCCAAAAAUCUUUCCAAAAAGGUCUCAUGCUUUGGCAGGGCUUUCAGCUCUCAUGCUUGGAUAUCUUGCUUGGGUAUUCUUUAUUGCAUUCAAAACCGACUUCUGGGUUUACCCCGUUUUAGCGGUUUUACACUGGGGAUACCGACUACUAUUCAUAGCCGGCCUGAUUAUUUUAGCAUCAACGAUGUAUUUUAGUGGAGAACAGCUCCACUACUUUGUUUGGGGUCAGCAAACUCCCGAGUCAGUAAAACCUCGCCGAAAAGACGGCAAAUCACCCGUUAAAACUCCAAGCAAAAUACCGGUGCCAAUCAAUAAUGGCGGGAAAAAACCAAAGCAAAAUUAAGCACCCAUCAAUUCACUCAGUUUGGCGUAGAUUGAUUUAAAAGUUUUUUUAAAGACAAUUUUAGAAAUUUUGUUGGUAUGAAAUACAAUUUUUAGGCUUCGCA